AUGUCAGAAAUUAAUGAAAAUUUUGGAUUUUUGUAUGGUAGUAGCUUGACGGACCACUCUAUGGACUAUAUACAAAAAUGUGCAGCUGACUUAUCUCUGAAGUAUGAAACCGAUCUAAAUUCUUCCGAUUUUAUCUCUGAAAUAAAAGAUUUUAAGUCUCAAGCAUUUUCUCUUUUAUCUGACUUAAGAGCCGCAACACCUUUAGCCCUACUACAAUUAAUUACAACAUAUUCUUUGCGUGCUGAAUAUCCAAAUGUCGAAAUAGCUUUACGCAUAUUUUUGACUUUGCCAAUAACUGUGGCGACGUGUGAAAGAUCAUUCAGUAAGUUAAAGCUCAUAAAAAACUAUUUGAGGUCGACUAUGGGACAAGAUCGAAUAUCUGAUAUGGCUAUUUUAUCUAUUGAACAUACAGUGGUAAAUACUUUAGAUAUAAACAAACUUAUUGAAGACUUUGCUGGGAAAAAAGCUAGAAAAAUUGCAAUUUAA